UACCCAGAUAGUUCGUAACGUCAUCAAAUAAUUCAUUACGAAGUAGUACAUUUAUAGUGCCACGUAAUUUUGACAUUGAUUAUUAAAUUUCAUUAUAAAUAUAUACAAGUAUUUAAAUAUAUUGAUAAGUAAAUUAUUAAUGAUAACAUUUAAUAACUUUAAAUAAUAUUUAAAGUGUAAAAAAAAUAAUGGGCUCAUCACAAAGUCUCGAAGUACCUGGUGGCGGUACCGAGGGUUACCAUGUCCUGAGGGUACAAGCUGGAUCACCAGGUUACAAAGCCGGGUUGGAGGCAUUUUUUGAUUUCAUCGUUUCUAUUGGUAACAUAAGACUAGACCAGGACAAUGAUACACUGAAGGAUAUUUUGAAAACAAACAUAGACAAAGAAUUGCAGCUGACGGUUUACAAUAGUAAGAAUCAAACUGUCAGACAGACGACAAUAGUACCGAGUAUGACGUGGGGAGGUCAUGGUUUGCUGGGUGUCAGUAUACGGUUCUGUUCAUUCGAAGGUGCCAAUGAAAACGUAUGGCAUGUGUUAGAGGUACAUCCGUCAUCUCCAGCAGAGCUUGCUGGUCUUAGAUCAUUUACUGAUUACAUUAUUGGUGCUGAUUCAGCUCUACAUGAAAGCGAAGACUUAUUUACGUUGAUUGAAGCUCAUGAAGCCCGACCGCUUAAAUUAUAUGUCUACAAUACCACUGAUGAUUCGUGUCGUGAAGUUACGAUCACACCAAAUUCUAAAUGGGGGGGCGAAGGUAGUCUUGGUUGUGGUAUCGGUUACGGUUAUCUUCAUAGAAUACCUGUAAGAAAUUUAUUUGAUAACAAAAUGUAUCCAAAUUCAUAUCAGACAACAGUUAAAACCCCAAUAGCUGCGCAAGCACAGCCAGUUAAUUAUGAGCCGCAAGUUAAUAACAAUCCUGCAGUAACAGCUGUACCACCAGGUUUUGCAAUACCACCUAACUACAUGUCGACAUCAUCGGGUAUUAUGCAACCAGCUGAUACUACUGUCGUUUCAUCAAUAGCCACACCAACGAUACCAAUUUCCACGGUACCAGUGCCGCAGACAAUGCCAAUUGAUGCAUCAGCACCACCUAAAUUUAUUGAUCCUGCAAUUGCUGGUGCUUCAACAACCACCAAUCCAGCAGUUAACUUCUUCAACCAACCAAAUUAUUCCCAGAAUUCGUCGAUGUAUCAAAAUACUCCGAGUAUACCUGGAAUGCCAGUAGCACCACCAGCGCAAUCGUUCCUUGUGGAUACAUCUAUUCCAGAUUCAUCACCAAGUCUUCAGUAUAGCUUUAACCCACCAGCAAUGCCGCAGCAAACAAAUAUUCCAACAUCAAACGUGCCGUACUUACCCCAGUCUCAAGUGGUAACGACACCAAUUUCACUUCCUGGCAUGCCACCCAUCACCGUGAGUGCAAGCUUACCACAAACGAGCAAUUUCUUUCCAAUGCAAGAUCAAAACCAAAUGACAAACAACACGAGUGUCACUAUUCCAACAUCUGCUACGGCACAAUAAAAUUAAUUAUUAUUUUAUAAUUAUCACUAACAUCUUCCUCUGGAUUAUUUUCAGAUUGAAUUGUCAAGAGGAUUCAAAUAAAUGGAGAUACUAAAAAUAUUUUAUAAUAAAUUGAUGCUGACAUGUCCAUUUUAUAUGAAAAAUAAUAAUAAUUAAUGAGCUAAUUAUUUUAAAGUCUAAGGCUCGAUGUAAAUACGAUUGGAUUAUCAUUUUUUUUAAAUUUUAAAAGUUAUUAAUAAUUAUUAAUAUUAAAUAAUAAUUUAACAAAAUAUAUCAGUUUAUAAUCAAUAAAUAUGUAUGGCAAAAUGA